CUCUGAGGUUCACCUGUUUCGCUCUCUCAAUGGUUCAAGUCGAAUCACAGAUUGGCUUCAUUCAGGACCCAUGGAUACUUCCGAGACAGAGCAAUUGUCGUCCGACGGAGACAUCCGUGAAAGGCCCAACACUUUCCCCGCGAUCCGGGCCUGCAUUUUCGACAUGGAUGGGCUUCUCAUCAACUCCGAAGACAUAAUCACCCAGUCCACGAACCGACUUCUCGAGAAGUACGGAAGACCUCCCUUUACUUCGUCGAUCCGAGCCCAGCUUAUGGGUGUCCCAGACUCCACCAACGGCGACCUGUUCCACAGCUGGGCCAACCUGCCGGUCCCUCGCGAACAAUUCGCUCAUGAAUUGAAAGAACAAUGGCGGCUGGACUUUCCCAAGUCCAAGCCGCUGCCUGGGACGGAAGAGCUCCUGUCUUGCCUCAGCCGUGCACACAGCGGCGCGAUUGAUGCGGGCGGCAUUGAGCUUGCAUUGGCCUCCAGCACGACGACUCAGAGCUACGAGUUGAAAACAUCGAGCCCAGAAGCGAAACGGUUGCUAAGCUUCUUCCAUCCCGACAAGCUGGUCCUGGGUGAUGACCCGAGAGUGCGGCAAGGCAGAGGGAAACCGGCCCCUGACGUCUACUUACUCGCUUUGCAAUUGAUCAAUUCGACGGCGAGCUCUGGCGGAAAAGCAAUAAAGCCCGAAGAAUGUCUGGUCUUUGAAGAUAGCGUGGUGGGGGUAGAGGCUGGAAGACGGGCCGGCAUGAGGGUUGUUUGGGUACCACAUCCAGAUUUGGCGGUUGAGUAUCAAGCAAUACAGAAGGAAGUGCUAGCUGGGAGAACUGGAAUAGCUGAGAUCGGAGACGACUGGCAGCUAGGGGCGGUUGAUGAUGGCUGGGCUGAAUGUAUACGAAGUCUGGAGCACUUCGAUUACGAGAAGUACGGCAUCAAUGUACCGCCAUAGAUAACUUUACGAGACAGUGGCGUUUUGCGAUUCAGUUGCACGCCACUUUCAAUUAUAAAAUGAGCCUCG